GGUUACAAACCUGGAUCAACACCUGAAGCAAAGCAGCGCCACUGAUCUUGCGGCCACCUGGAAAAAUGACGGCGGCAGAGUUGGUGUCCAAACUCAUCAUCAUCAUCAUCAUCUUUUCCAUUUCCAUGCUGCUGCUCUUCAUUCAGUCAAAUACACCUUUCCACCUCUGGACUGUAAACAACCGAGCUGCAGCUGUGCCACCGCUGCCCAUGCAAAGCAGGUCACCACAGAUAAUUACUUCAGGAAACACAGUUCUCCCAGGGCAACCUGCAUCGCUACUGAAGGUCAGAGGCACAAAAACACUUCUGAUAUCUGCUUAUCUGGAGCAUCGCAAAGAAAAAGAAGAGGUUUAUGUCAUUUCGAUCGUGCUAAGAAGGGAGAACGUAUCCCUCCAUUGUCAUCUCCGCUGUGAGGAGCAGCUCCUCAUCUCUGGAGGGGUCAAGACCAUCCUCAGAGACCACUUUAAUUUCCCUUACGGGGCAGCAGUCAUCAUGUGUCCCCUGCCCUCGGGCUGUAAGACACCAACUCACGUCGCCAUCACCUCUGCUGUUUCCAAACUCGAAGGAUUAAACACAUCUGAUCAUCAGUUUCUGGAGGUUAAGAAUCAAAAGAAACUGACCGACUCCUUUCGAUAUAACUUCACCGUCUGUUUCUCCACCAUGUUUAAUUAUACCAACGUCCUGCAGCUGGUGCAGAGUUUGGAGAUGCUUCAGAUCCUUGGAGUGAACAGAGUUGUCAUAUAUAAAACUAACUGCAGUGCUGAUACACAACGUGUUCUGGACUACUACACAAACAAAGGUUUUGUUGAGGUGAUUCCUUGGUCUUUAUCAAGUUUUCUGAACCCAUCUCCAGGUUUUAUGGUGUUUAAAGAUCCUGGUGACAUCCACUACUUUGGUCAGAUACCAGUUCUGAAUGACUUCCUUUACAGAUACAUGUACCAGUCCAGAUAUGUGAGCCUGCACGAUCCUGACGAGCUCAUCCUGCCGCAGUCUGUCAACAGCUGGGUGAAGUUGUUGCCUCUGCUGGAGAAGAAGUUUGGUGCUGACAAGUGUUACAUGUUCCAGAAUAACAUCUUCCCCAGAGAAGUUGUGCUGCCGCCUCCAAAACCUCAAACUCUGCCCCCGCAGGAGCACUGGAAGAACGUAUCUGGGGUGAACAUCCUGGCUCACCUGUACAAGGAACCCAUGGUGGCCAAAUUAAAAUGGAUGAAGUUUAAAAUCAUUGUCAACCCUCGAGCUGUGUUCAGCCUGACUGUCCAUGGGGUGUUGAGCUCACAGAGGGGCUGUGCCUGGGUUGAUGCGAACAUAGCACGGAUGUACCACACAAGAUCUCAGACGCRAACACUGAAACCAGAUGAGCUGAUUUAUGAUGGGCGACUGCUGAGCUACUGCACAAACCUCAUACCAGGUGUGAACAAGGUGCUGAGAGAGAGUGGACUGGUACCUGCAGGCAGCAUGAAGUAGACUCAAACUGAGAAACUCUGACAUGUAAAGACUGUGAAGAUAGAAUGUGAGGUUAUUUUAAACCUCCAUCCAAUCAUACCUCUGCAUCUUUGGUCAUUUUGUACCUGGACUUUUUGAAUUUCUAACAGGAGACUUGGCAGAAAAUAUGUUCUUAAAAAGAUAAUAUGUGGACAGGGCCAACACUGUAAGCCCAAAUUUUAUUUUACAUAAUAAGUCAAGCUAUUAUUACUAAUCUCUGCAUGUUUUUUGCAAAAGCCGGGACCAUUACUUAACAAAAUGUGUUUUGUAAACUACUCAAACCAAGUUUUUGCUUUACAAAUGGGUCUGAGCUGAGACAACUCACCUUUAAAUGUUUUACCAGUUUUAGGAGGGGCUUGUCAGUGACCUGACCUUUGAGCCAAUAGGUGGCUGUAAUGUACCUUUUAGUUUGCUAACAUGAAGAAGAAGAAGAAGUGGAGCUAAAUGCAUGUUUCUUCUGACUGUGUUGGCUGCAUGGUUGCUGACUGCAUUGUUUCUGUUGCAUUACAAUGAUUUUUAUUUGGUAGUUUGUUCAAUCUGUUUCGUUUUUCUAACCGCCCAUAAAUUGACUUAUUCUUGUUCUGUCAUUAUCCAAGGCGAUCUGUUGUAAUUUAGUAAUUUUAUUCACUAAUGUCAAGCCUGAAAACCUUUUGAGGAUGCAGUUGUAGAAUAGCUGACGUCUGUUUACUGCUUUGUGUUAAUGAUUCAAAUCUUUCACACUGUAAAAUGUUUGCUCAAUUUUGCAUGUUUAUAAUGUUAAACUUGUAUAUAAGAAACAAACUGACUAUAAUUUACUGUACAUUUAAUAAUUUCUAUUAACAUGAGAAAUGAAUAGUGAUAAAUGUAACAAUUACUGAUAAAUGUGAGCAACGAUUACUAAUAAACAUGAGUAAUGUUGAGUCAGUUACUCAUAAACAAUGAUUUUAAAAUCUUAAGUUAUUUAGUAAUGGAUAAGCUUGGAUUCAAGACUUUAUGUGAACGUAACUUGAAUUGUUUGGUUUUUGAUUUUGUAAAAACUAUCCCGGUGCAAUCACUUACCAUAAACAGCUUUAGUAAUGAUUGCUAAUUUGGGUUUACAGUGAACAACCUGGAAUCUGUGGAAACUGAAAAUGAAAAGUGAAGUGUCUAAAUAAGGGUUAAUGUUCUGGUUUGUUCAAAGCUGCAGAGAGAGAGGCUCCCUUUAUGAGUGGAAAGUUGCAUUUCCACCAUCCAGAUUCUUUUGAAGUCUCAUUAGUGUGUUUGAAGUCUGACAUGAAAACCAAAUGUCCACAAUAAAAUACCUCAAACUGCAAA